AUGGGGAAAGCGGUCGCUCCGAGCCGAGGCGCCGGCUGCGGCGGCCGCUCCCGCGGACUCUCGUCGCUGUUCACCGUCGUCCCUUGCCUGUCCUGCCACACCGCGGCUCCGGGCAUGAGCGCUCACACGUCCGGCUCCGGAUCGGAGCCCAAGCCUCCACCUCAGCCGGUGUGGGUACCGCAGCGGGAGUUGCUGCCCGAGCAGGUGCGGGAGCCAGUUUCCGACUCGAAGCCCGGGCACCGACCGAAGUCUGCGCUGGGCUCGGCGGCUGGGCAGGGAUCGGAACCGCCGGGGACGCGUCUGGGGUCCGAGUCGAGCCCAAGGCUGGGGGCCGGCGGGCCCGGCAGCAAGGCCAUGGAGCAGGCGUCCCCGCCGAGGUCCGCAGUGGGGGCUGUGCCCGCGCCUCUCCCCGAGUCCGGGUUGGCGACAAAGGCCGUGCCACCUGGACAGGUGAAGACCGCGCUUGGGGCUCCGGUGUCUGGCACGACCCCCAGUGUCCUGAUGUCUUCGCCGCCCCUCGACAGCUACAAGGGCUGGCUUCUCAAGUGGACCAACUACCUGAAGGGUUACCAGCGCCGCUGGUUCGUGCUUGGCAAUGGCCUGCUGUCCUACUACAGGAACCAGGGUGAAAUGGCCCACACCUGUCGUGGCACCAUCAACCUGGCCACCACACAGAUCGACACGGAAGACUCCUGUGGAAUCUUGCUGGUCAGUGGCGCAAGGAACUAUCACCUGAAGGCCAGCUCCGAGGUGGACCGGCAGCAGUGGAUCACCACCCUGGAGCUGGCCAAGGCCAAGGCAGUCCACAUGAUGAAGGCACAUUCAGAUGACUCUGGGGACGACGACGAAGAGCCUGCCUCCCCAGCUGACAAGAGCGAGCUCCACCACACUCUUAAGAACCUCUCCUUGAAGUUAGAUGACCUCAGCACGUGCAACGACCUCAUUGCCAAGCAUGGCGCCGCACUCCAGCGCUCCCUGAAUGAGCUGGACAGCCUGAAGAUCCCACCGGACAGCAGCGAGAAACUGAAGGUGGUGAACGAGCGGGCCACCCUCUUCCGCAUCACGUCGAAUGCUAUGAUCAACGCCUGCAGGGACUUCCUGGAACUAGCGGAGACACACAGCCGGAAAUGGCAGCGGGCCCUGCAGUAUGAGCAGGAGCAGCGGGUCCACCUGGAGGAGACCAUCGAGCAACUGGCCAAGCAGCACAACAGCCUCGAGCGAGCCUUCCGUAGCGCCCCCGGCCGGACCACCGACCCCACUCAGAGCUUCAGCCAGGGAAGCCUCUUGAACACUAAAGGAGAGGACAGUGAGGAAGAUGAAGAUACCGAGUACUUCGAUGCCAUGGAAGACUCCACGUCCUUCAUCACUGUGAUCACAGAGUCCAAGGAAGACAGAAAAACAGAAGAGGGACCUGUGUUAGGCUCCGUGGACUGGACCUCGUCAGACAAUGUGUUAGGCAGUGCCUCGACUGAACCCAAGGGUUCAUCCAAAGUCAAGAGGCGCGCCCGCAUCCCCGACAAGCCCAACUACAGCCUUAACCUCUGGAGCAUCAUGAAGAACUGCAUCGGCCGUGAGCUCUCCAGGAUCCCAAUGCCGGUGAACUUCAAUGAGCCCCUGUCCAUGCUCCAGCGGCUGACAGAGGACCUGGAGUACCACCACCUGCUGGACAAGGCGGUGCACUGCACCAGCUCGGUGGAGCAGAUGUGCCUGGUGGCCGCCUUCUCUGUGUCCUCCUACUCCACCACGGUGCACCGCAUCGCCAAGCCCUUCAACCCCAUGCUGGGGGAGACCUUUGAGCUGGACCGCCUCGAGGACAUGGGCCUGCGCUCCCUCUGCGAACAAGUGAGCCACCACCCACCCUCCGCGGCCCAUUACGUGUUCUCCAAGAACGGCUGGAGCCUCUGGCAGGAGAUCACCAUCGCCAGCAAGUUCCGGGGCAAAUACAUCUCCAUCAUGCCGCUGGGUGCCAUCCACCUAGAAUUCCAGGAGAGUGGGAAUCACUACGUGUGGAGGAAGAGCACCUCGACUGUCCAUAACAUCAUCGUGGGCAAGCUCUGGAUCGACCAGCUUCGCAGGGAGAACGCGGAGAACAUGUACUACUUCUCGGAGCUGGCGCUGACCCUGAACGAGCAGGAGGAGGGCGUGGCGCCCACCGACAGCCGCCUGCGGCCCGACCAGCGGCUGAUGGAGAAGGGGCGCUGGGACGAGGCCAACACCGAGAAGCAGCGGCUGGAGGAGAAGCAGCGCCUGUCCCGCCGCCGCAGGAUGGAGUCGUGCGCCUCGGGCUGCGCCGCCGAGGAAGCAGAGAAGGAGUCUGACAACUACAUGCCCCUGUGGUUCGAGAAGAGGCUGGACCCGCUGACCGGGGAGACGGCCUGUGUGUACAAGGGCGGCUACUGGGAGGCCAAGGAGCGGCAAGACUGGCACAUGUGCCCCAACAUCUUCUGAGCACCCUCUGCGGCCCAUUCAGGCACCUGCCCCGCCAGGUCCCCCCUUUCUUUAAUGCACUCAAUUGAAUACUGAAUGGCCCUCCCCACCCACAUUCAUUUCCUUUCCUCUUUUUUUUUUUUGACCCUUGUUUUCUCCUUUUCCUACAAUGAAACUUUUGGGGGGCUCCUCUCUUCGAUUAGAAGGGGGAAGGGCCGACCUGGGUUCUCUUCAGCCCCCAGGUGCGCCAGGUCACCCGUGCCCCCUUCCUCAUGGACUUGGGGGCCCCAUGGGCACCCCAGUUCCUACAACUCAGGCCGGCUGGCCCGGGCCAGGGGCGGUCCAGGUCACCAGCCCCUCGUAGGGAGCCUCUUUUGACUUUUUUUUAAGAAAAAAAAAAUUUGCAUUUCUUUUCCAGCCAUGAGGUUUAGUAAUAUUUUUAGCACAGCACUUAGUACUAGCUCUCCAAGUGUGCUUCCUUGCCGUACAUAGCCCUGGCAAGACCCUCCCUUCCCCUUUGCCCUCCCCCCCUUUUUAAAAGACAUCUGAAAAGCCAGACCCCCCCCUGAGUUGGGAGCACUUGGUAGCUCAGCACAGCAAGGCCCUGCCCAGCCCCCUCCCCAAGAGCCUGGAGCCCACAGACACCCCACAGCAGGGGGGUCGGGACAGGGGGACUGCUGAGGGUGUUGGCGACUCCCUAACCCCAAAGAGGCCAGGAAGGCUGGAAGGCAGGGCCUUGCAGGUGCUCCCCACCGGAGAACAGGGCCCCAAAUCAGCAAUAAGGAACAAACCCUCGGCUCGACCUGGGCUGGUGACCCGGGGGCCCAUCCCUGCGCCUCCCUUUCCUUGUCCUGAUCUGGGGUGCUCCAGCUCAUCGACCCCUCCCCCCGACUCUUUAUUUGCCUAAUUUAUAUAUAUAUAUAUAUGAUAUAUAAAUAUAUAAAAUAGCUAUUUUGCUUAAAUUUCUAUGAUAUGUAAAAGUGAAAAAUGAUGAAGACAGCAUUCCUGUCUGAGUUUAGCCUCCGGUCAGCUGUGCGCUGCCCUUUCCUGCUCCUUCCAGUGGCUUCUGCCAGCCUUGGAGAGGACUGGACCAUGGUGACCACAUCCCAACCCUCAGAACCUCCCUGUCCCCCCUUCCCACUUCAGUUUGGUCCUGAAAGUUCAUCUUGAGCUUUUCUUUCUACUCCAGGACUGGGAUUUCUUUUUUUUUUUAAUUAAAAACAAAAACAAAAAACAAAACACACAGAAGUGAAAACACCAAUGUAUGAAAUGCCUUACGAUGCUACUCUGGAGGGGGGGUAAAAGGGGUGUCCAUCUGCCUCUCAGAGCUGUGGAGUGUACCUCUUUCCCCAGCACUGUGUGUGAGUGAGCACCUUCUGACUGUAAUAAAAACUGAAAAAC